CGCUGCCACUGCGUUUCCUGUUGGCAGCAGAGAGCAGUGAAAACAAGCUUCACUAGGCAGCGGCCAAGGCAGAAAAAGCUCCCGAACUAUUCACCAGAGCUUUCACAGGCGGGCAUCCCGGCCUCGGGGAGUCUAGAUCCGAGCAGCGGGAGAGGCCACGGCGCGGGAGCGCCAAGUCCGAGGCGCACUGUCCGCCCAGCGCGAGUACCACGCGCGGCCCUCUCCGCCGGCCCUCGGCGCCCUCUGGGCUCCGGCUGACUGCGGGGUGGGGGACCGCGAUGCCUGCGUGCGUUCCUCUCCCUGUGGCCGGAGGACCUCGGGGCGCCUGGCUGCUGGGCGGCCUCUGGGUCUGGGCGCUGGGUGGCCUGUGCGGCCUGGGGAUGGCGGACUCCCCGGGCACCCCGCGGCCUUGCCAGGCGCCACAGCAGUGGGAGGGACGUCAGGUUCUGUACCGGCAGAACAGCGGGCACAACAGCCGCACCCUGCUGUCCUACGAUGGGCUCAACCAGCGAGUGCGGGUGCUGGACGAGAGGAAGGCGCUGAUACCCUGCAAGAGAUUAUUUGAAUAUAUUUUACUCUACAAGGAUGGAGUGAUGUUUCAGAUUGAACAAGCCACCAAACAAUGUUCAAAGAUCUCCUUGACAGAACCCUGGGAUCCUCUUGACAUUCCACAGAACUCCACCUUUGAAGACCAGUACUCCAUUGGGGGCCCUCAAGAGCAGAUCACAGUCCAGGAGUGGUCAGACAGAAAGUCAGCCAGAUCCUAUGAAACAUGGAUCGGCAUUUACACGGCCAAGGAUUGUUACCCUGUGCAGGAGACCUUCAUCAGAAAUUACAGUGUGGUCCUGUCCACCCGUUUUUUUGAUCUGCAGCUGGGCAUUAAAGACCCCUCUGUGUUCAUCCCACCGAGCACGUGCCAGAUGGCCCGGGCAGAGAAGAUGAGCCAGGGCUGCACCUAGUGAACCUCAGGUGAAGAAGCCAUAGUUUGGCCUCACUGAUGGUGACCCUGGAUGGAAACAGUUUAGAGACUGGUUUGUAUGUGACUCUUCAUUGGAAAUAAAGACAAUUUUAGGAGGAUAAACUCUGACAUGGGUUUUCAUCUACAUCUGGUUUUGGCUGCUCAGCUCCAUUUACAGAAGGAAAAUGGAGAUCGUAUGGCAUUCUCAACUGGCAGGCAGGGACACAUUGGCCAUUGAGAAUGUCACCUUGGGUCUGUGCUUUCUAUGUGCAGGUGUACUCAGCUGGGUGGAGGAGGAAGGGGAGUGGAGGUCAACAGGAACAGUUCGCCUCUUCAGGGAUGAGUAUUUAUCACUGAUAAAACAGCAGAAUGAUUUUGGUUGGUUUUCUUGUGAAUGGUUAAGUUCCUUACAAACAAAGGCCCCUGUUUGCUAUCACUAGAGUGGCCACUGUUUCCGAGGACCGCAGCCCUGCUUUUAGCUACUGUAAAGUGAUCCCUUAAGUAUUUCUUCCAGGCUUGAGCUUUAUGGCAUGGCCCAAUGUAUAUAGAUACUCUGGAAGGAAGUAGAAGUUCCUAACAAAAUAUAAUUCCUCUAAAGAGAAAGAUAAGUUUUAAGCAGGAGCUUUGGACAAUCUAAGAAUCUACAUGUGAUGAAGCGAGAGAUAUGUACAUCCUGUUUUCUAUGCAAGAGUCUUGAUGUGUGUUGAACCUUCAUGUGUGUCCUAGUGGGCAGACAGGGUUCAAAAACUGUGCUGAACCAGGAACACCCCCCCCAAUCAAUACUAGAAUUCCAUGUGCUUUAACCCCUUUGGGUAUUAAAUGCACUAGGGUCACCCUUACCUUGGGCCUUCCUGAGACUCUGUUUCACAACCACUAAGUCUAUAUGCCUGCUGCUCAUCCUUCCCAGGUCAGCUGGCAUAGACCACUGAGAGCUGCUCCCAACCUGAUUUCACUGCACCUUGCAGCCUGAGCAUGCUUUCCUCACAAUACUCAUUAUGCUGUGUGAAGAGAUCCUGAUUCUUGGGAACUACCUUCCAAUAUCCCAGCUAAGAACCCCCUUGAGUACAGGGUGCCAUGUUUUGUUUAUUUUGCUAUCUCUAGCACCAAGUAAGUGCCUGGCACGUGGUCAGUGCCCUCAAUAUUUGUAGAGUGGAGCACACUGUCUUCAUUGGUCCUCAGUUUCUUCAUCUGUAAAGUAGAGGAGGGUUUACUGAUUGCUGGGAAGACUUCCAGUAAUAUAACUUAUUAUUCUAGAUUCUUCUAUCAUUGUGUUCCAUCUGGCCAUACAUCUUCUUUAGUUAUCAAGAGAAAUGUAUGAUGCUUGCAUUAUGCUGAAAAUAAUAUUAUAGCUUAGUUAUAUAGUUAAAUUUAAUGACAUCUCAAAUUAUUCUCUGAUAUAUUUGCUUUUGUAAUAAAUAUAUAUUAACUUGAUUAUAAGUUAAAGCUUAUAAAGUAAAUAAAGUACUUCAUGUAAUCAAA